AUGACAUCGACAAUCGUCAAUGAUUCUAUGGAAGACAUUACUGUGCAAUACACAUUUUCCGACGGCUCCAAGUCUGCAUUAAUCCCGUUUACGGAUGUUGAUGUGCAGCGUCAGCCAAUCAACGGGUCGCAAUGUGGUGGUGCAGGUCCACUCAUCGUCACAGUAUAUCGAGGAGCCGGUGACUACAUGGUCGCGACGGAGAGUGCGGCGCUUGGUAACUUCUUCCAC